AUGGGAACUGAAACAACGCCAGCGCCAUUAUGUGACGCCGGGAACAUUCUUUUGUUUGCCGCCAUUAACCCUGGAAACACAACACACCUUCCGUUGCACCAAAUACACGUAUUGUCUUAUCUUUCUUUUCAUAUCCAUCCUCUUUUGUCAUACGACGGGGAAACAGAUUUCGCCUUUUAUUCUUUCUUUCAUUUUUUUCUAUUUACAGUUUCUUUCUUUUCAGAUUCCAAUUAUCUUUUUUUAUCAACGUUCUCAUUUUUCUUUCUUCCUUUCCUUCUUUCUGUUAAACUUUUUAAUUUACUUUCUCUAUAUUUCUUUCUUUCGCAUGAGAUUUCUAAUUUUCUUUACUUGUUUCAAGUUUCCUUCUUUCAUGUUGAUUCUUCUUUUUUCUUUCUUUCUUUCUUUCUUUCUGUCAUUCUUUCUUUCAUUCUUUCUUUCAUUCAUUCUUUCUUUCAUUCUUUCUUUCUUUCUUUCUUUCUGUCAUUCUUUCUUUCAUUCUUUCUUUCUUUCUUUCUUUCUGUCAUUCUUUCUUUCUUUCUUUCUUUCUUUCUCAUUAAACCAAUAAUUUUCUUUCUAUCCUACUUUCUUUGCUUUCUAAUUGUCUUUCUCUUUUUUCCUUUCUUCUUCCUCUUUUUUCUACUUGACAAGCUUUCAGAUUUUCUCUCUUUAUUCCUCUUUCUUUCCUCUCCCCCUUCUUUCCUUCAUUAUUUAAUUCAUGCUUCCAUUCUCCCUUCGUUUAAUUCUUUCUUUCUUUUUAUUCUCUUUUCCGAUUUCUAUUAUCUUUUUUAUGUCUUUUGGAUAAGAUUUCAACUUUUAUUCUUUCUUUUUUUUUUUGUAUUUACUUUUCUAACUUUCUACUUCAACCUUUCCUUUUUUUCCUGUCGAAUCUUCUUUCUUUCUUUCUUUCUCAUUAUAUCAAUAAUUUUCUUUCUAUCCUAUUUCUUUAGCUUUUUAAUUGUCUUUAUUUUUUGCUUCUUUCACUGUUUCCUUCUUUCUCAUCAUAUCGCCAUUUUUUCUCACCUGCCUUCUCGUUUGUUCACGUUUUUCGAUCGUUAUCGUUAUUUUCAUCAUUCUCCUUUCCUUUCCGUUUUUUGUCCUUGUUUUCCCAAUUUCUGCCUUCAUGUUCAUAUUUUUUAG